AUGACAUCGCCCCGCAGUGGCAGACCUAGCCUUGGGAAAGGCAGCUUAGGUAGGAGCAACUCAUACCUCGACGACCAUCUGGAGUAUAAGACACAUCAGGUACCGAGCACAGUUGACCAUCAGAGCGGCCCGAGCACCAGCAUCGACGGUGUUCUCGACCUUCCCACUCGCAUUCCGCGAAACACCCUGUCAAGUACCUCAUUAUCGUCAAGAAAGUCCAUAUCUGCAAUAUCGCCUGCACCGCGAGUCUUAAAGGACAGCGAAUCGAUACACACGAUAUCCCACACCAACUGCGUGCCGGCACAGGGUGAUGCAGCGAGACUGGUUGCGACCAUAUAUUACAACUCGGCAUCGCCAAAUCAUGCGCAUCCACAUGCAGACCAGUCGCCCGCAGUCAGGCCGCAGGAUUUGCUUCCACCGCCAGAGAUUGUCGCCGGCUCGGCACCGACUACGAGUAUCGAAGACUAUCCGCUCGAGCCGCCAGCUCCUGAGCCAGAGCCUCUCGAUCAUCUCUACGGAGCUUUUGUUUCCCAGAUGUGUCUCACUCAUUUCCUUGCAACGCUGGACUCGCUCCUCAUUCAUAACAUUCCUGAGCAAAGGCGUCUGACAUCGUCGCAUAGAUGCCUGGCGCCAGACUCUUCGAAACCUCGCAUCAUGGAAGUGACCUUCUCUCCACCACCAAACCCGGAAUACCUGCCCUCAGAUCUCCUCUCAAAGCACGAAUCAAUCUACAAGUUCGAACGGGAAUGGAACUGCGAAGUCAUCAUACAGCCAUCAAACAUCUAUAGACGAUACAAGCGGCUUUGCGUGUUCGACAUGGACUCGACACUCAUACAGCAAGAGGUCAUCGACGAGAUAGCAGCUUUCGUUGGCGUUCAGCAAGAGGUGUCAGCCAUCACGACCCGCGCAAUGAACGGAGAAUUAGACUUCGCCGCAUCCUUACGAGCACGAGUUGCUCUUCUCAAAGGUGUUCCGUCCGAUGUCUUCGAGCAGCUGAAGCCCAAGAUCACAAUCACACCCGGAGCUCGGCAGUUGUGCAAAGGCCUCAAGCGCUUGGGAUGCACACUAGCCGUCUGCUCAGGAGGGUUUCAGCCACUGGCGGACUGGCUUGCUGGUGAGCUAGGCCUCGACCACGCGUUUGCCAAUCACUUAGUUUCGGAUCCGAAGACUCAGACGCUGACGGGUGAGCUCGACUCGAGGUUUCCGAUCGUGGAUGGCGAGCACAAGAAGAACUUGCUGCUCAGUAUGGCGAAGGAGAAAGGCUUUAAGAUGGAGCAGACGAUGGCAGUGGGUGACGGCGCAAAUGACAUUCCUAUGCUCAAGGCCGCUGGGCUGGGCGUGGCGUGGCGGGCGAAGAGCAAAGUACAGAUGGAGGCACCUGCGCGAAUAAAUUUUGCGACUGGCCUGGAUGACAUUCUAUACCUAUUGGGCCUGAAUGGGCAAGAGGUCGCGGAGCUCUUGAGGGAUUGA